UCAUCUACUCCUUUUAAGUUCCCAAUCCCUUCUGUACUUUCCAUUCCACCAAAAACCAAGAAAAAAAAGCUUUGAUUUCAUUUCGGUAAUGGAGUCCCACAUUUGCAAGCUCUGUUUCAAAUCCUUAGCCAAUGGCAAAGCCUACGCCGCCCACAUGAAGGCCCAUCUCACUGCCACCAUGGCGCCACCACUCCCUCCGCCCACUCCUCCAGAGACCCACGGCGGCGUUCCCUCUUCCUUCUCCUCCUACUCCGCUGACGACGACGAAUUUCGAGAAGAUCCCAAGAGAAUUUUCAACAUUCUCCUUCAAGAAACAGAGAGCGAAACGGAAUCCACAAACCCAUCUCGGAAAAGAUCCAAAAAGUACCGGAAACCGCCGUUGGAACCAAGCAGCUCUGUUUCUGAUACUUCGCCGGAGGAAGACCUCGCCAUGUCUCUGAUGAUGCUCUCACGCGAUCGAUGGAUGAAACCAGAAACGAAAUCAUUGAAGGGAAUUAAAAGGAAGAAAAAGUGUGGAAAGUGCACGAAAUUGUUCCGAUCUUACAGAGCUCUGUUUAGCCAUGAAAAAAUCUGCCAAUUAGAAACAGAGCUCGACGAAGAACAGGAAGAACACGAAGAGUUAAAAAAUGGGGGAACUAGAAGAGUCUUCAAAUGCCCAUUUUGUUUUAAGCUAUUUGGAUCAGGACAAGCCCUUGGCGGCCAUAAGAGAUCCCAUGUUUUGAGCUCUGAAAACGCUGCUGUUAGUGUAAAUGCCUCUGUUUCUUUGAAGCUUGAAAUUAGUCUGAUAGAUCUGAACUUACCGGCGCCGAUUGAAGAAGAUGAUUACAGUGUAGUUUCGGAUGCUUGAGGAAUUUGUUAAUGAUUGUUAUUAAUUAGUUGAAUGGCCUGAUUUUGAUGGGUUUUGAUCGUUCAAACAAGAAAACAAUUCAGUUUCUUUUGUGGGUUUCUUGUUUUUUCUAGUAAAUGGAAGAAGACGAAGGUUUAGUGAAA